GUAUACUUUGGACGGAAAACUAAACCUUGAAAAAACCUAGAACCGGAAAGCGCCGCGAGCUUGGCGGAUUGCGGCUGCGAUUUUGUGAAGGAUGCCUGGUGUUCCGUCGUCGAAUCAUGGCGAUUCAUUAGUCCUAGCUCCUUUCUCUAUGGAACUUGAACCACCAGCUGUUUUAUCCAUUCACCAUGCCGUUAAGCCUCCAAUUUCUCUCCUCUCAAUCUCUUGGUGCCGUGGAAAUACGCUCCGCGUCUCUGUCUUCGGAAACUCUCAGACAGAGAAGAACGUACAACAGGACGGAGAAGUUGCCGGGGAAGUAGUGGAGGUCAAAUUGAGCGGCGUUGGAAAUGGUGAGAUCGACGGGGCGCAGUGGCGGAGGAUCGCCUACGGUUCUGUAUCUCCGUUUGCACUCCUUCAGAGUCGAAAAAACUCAUUGGCAUCGCUUUCGAAAAUGGAAAGCAUUUCACCGUCUAACCUCGACUGGCAGGAAUACGUGGCAGAGUACAGCAAUGAGAUCCUCUCUCUUUUGGGCGGUCCUAAGUUGCAGUCUGAUUCGAUUUUUGAGGAUCAAAUGGCCGUCAUGAAGAAAGAUGAGGAACCAACCAGUUUGAAAGCAGCAUGGAUGCUGAUGCACAUAUUUUAUGCCGACAAGCAGUCUGAAACUUGGAUUUCUGAACAGCUUGUUGAUUGGUUAACUGAAUAUGACUGUUUACUGUCAGCUACUCAGUCAACUGUUCAUUCAAAGCUUGUUAACUUUCAAAGUGAAAUUGUCAGCUUACAGGCAAUUGAGAAUGAUCCUAAAUACUGGGAAGCAAUAUCAUCAGCUUUGGCAGUUGGUUGGCUAGACGUUGUGGUUAAAUUAUUGCGCUUGCAUGGAUCAUAUCAGCUUGACCAGCUUGCAAAGCGCGAGACGGAAAAUGGUCUGGUAGAAGCAGUUGCUGUUCUGAUAUCGAAUAUGCCGCGUAUGCGCCCAGAGCCAGAAUCUGCAAAAUUAGGCCAAUUUUUUAUGACCAAACCUGAUUUUGUAAAGGGAUGGGAUAAAUGGAGGGCACAAAUAACUAAGCUGGAUUGCAGUGCAUUCUGGAUUCGAUGUGAUCAUCGCCAAACUAGGGAGGGAUUGAAGAAUAUAUUGCAAAUUAUGCUCGGAAAUACUAGUUCUCUUUCCAAUGCAACUUAUCACUGGAUAGAAUUGUAUAUAUCUCACCUGUUAUACAUUAGACCUUUCACGUUGGGUUUAGAAAGCAUGUACAACCUGGCUCAGAAAUGCUUGCAGUUAAAGCCAAUGUCUUAUAGCCAUAUGUUGAUGAUACUUUUAAUAAGCAUUCUUGGAGAAAAUACAGAGGUUGUUUUAGCAGAAUGUUCAAAAUCGUUUGGCCCCUGGAUGGUGGUUCAUGCUAUUGAACUCUUGAGCGCUGGGAGCACUCCAGCAGAGGUUCUUCUGAAGGAAGAGUAUGACAAUCUUGGUGGAAUCAGCAUGGAGGAACUCCACCGGGUUGUCUAUGCCCUAGUUCUGUCUUCACAUUCAUUAACUUGGCAGAUAGCUCCUAUAUAUUUGAUAUCGUGUAUGAAGCAAGGAAUAGGCUUGUUGGAGACUUUGUUGUACAAGCAAUCAGUGCAGCAAAAUCAACUUCUCAAGACAAUGGAGAUAUGCCGUCUGUAUGAACUUGGCAACAUGAGUUCAACUGUAAUGAGGAUUGCUGGGGUGCAUAACUGGAAGCAUGGUAAGAAAGGUUCUGGAGUCUUCUGGCUUCAACAAGCACGGGAUGAAGUUCGUCUAAACAGAAUUUCUCAACAGUUAUUCGACUUUGUUGGAAAGUCUAUUUCUGAUGAAGGUUUCAAGCAAUGGGAAGGAUUGAUCGAAUUGUUGGGUUCUGAAUCGAAGACUGCUGGGGGAUUGGAGUUUUUGCGUCAGUAUAGAGAUCUUAAAAGAUCCCUUCAACACGUUCGUGAUACGGUUUCGGUUGAAUCUGCUCAGAAAGCCAUUGCUUCUCUUGUAUCGCUGAUGAAAAAUCCAUCCACUCCUCAGCGUUUUUGGCUGCCUCUUCUAUACGACUCUCUAAAUCUGAUAAAUUGGCAAGAGAGGCCUCUCCUCAAUACAUCUCAAACUAAUUUAUUAUUAAAUAAACUCCAAGAGUUAUCCAUGUCAAGGUUGCGUCCAGAUUUUGUUGAAGCAGAUGUUCCACGGGAGGCCUUGAGUUCUAUCAGGCUGGCUCUAGCUACCAAUCUUGGACGUGUUAUCCUCGAGGAAUAGUAUUUGUUUUUGGCUUUCUUCAUAUCCCGACUAGUGUGCACAUUUAGUUAACUGCCUGGCUUACAAUUUUGGGUCUCAGCAAACACAUAAUUUGGAAGGAAACUGAGCUUACUGCUGCUUGUAAAUACUGACAUUGGCUUUGAACAACAUGCUAUUAAUGUAUUGUAGGAUCUCAAUUAAUGCUUUAUGUUGAUUCUUAUGUGU